CCUGAGGGAGCCCGGGCUGCUGCUUCUGCUGCCAGCCGGGUUGCAGACAUGGAGGGCCAGAGUGGCUGCGGCAGCAGGAAGCCAAGGUCCCCAACAGGCCUGGGCUCCUUGCCUAUACCCCAUGGAGUUUCCCAAACUGAGGCCACCCCCAAGGUGGACUCAACCUUUCCGCUCCUCCCAGCAAAGGAGAUGGCAGCUUCAGUGCCCUUGGAACCUCGGUUGGCUCUGGCUCCCGUGGGGCCACGAGCCUCUCUGCCCCCUUCUCCGGAGGGGCCCAGGCUGCCUCUGGCAUCUCCCCAGCCCAUUCUGGUGCCACUGUCAAUCCCUGGAGGGCAGAAAACUAUUCCUGCCCCCCGAAGCUCUAGCCUGGCUCCGACAUCAGUGGGCCAUCUGGUGAUGUCUGCCUCAGCUGGGCCAAAACCCCCAGCAGUGAACCCCAGCUCGGUCCUGACUCCAACCUCACUGGGGCAACUGGUGAUGUCGGCUUCAGCUGGUCCGAGGUCCCCCCCAGGCACCCUGGGUCCUGGGCUGGCUGCAACAUCCAGAAGCCCAAAACAAGUGCCACCUACCACCGUGGGACCCAAGCCAGCACGGUCGGCUUCUGGUCUGAGCCUGGCCUUGACUUCUGAGGAGCACCCCCCACAGCGCCCCUCCAGCUCAUCUUCACUAUCCUGUCCAGUUCUGUCACCUUCUCAAGAGCAGGCUCUGGCUGGGGCAUCCAUGGCGUCAGUCCCUAUCUCUGGGGGGCAUAAAUCAGCAAAACAGAGGGAAGCCCUCAGGCCCCUCCUUCCUUCAGAGAGUCAUCUCCAGCCUCCAGAACAAGCCUCAGGUCCUGUGGGUUCCCCACCCUUGAUCCAAAGCCCCCCAGUCCCACGACUCUCCCCUUCCUUCAGAGCCCGGCCUGAGGUUCCCCGCAGCAGCCCUGAGGAGUCUGGCCUCCCCCGACCACCCCAGACCCUGCCCCUGGAUGGAGGACAGGGUCCUCUAGAUCCUGGUACCCGCUCCCCUGGACUUCUGUCCCCCACCUUCCGGCCAGGUGCCUCUACAUCCCAGACUGUGCCCCCACCUCUGCCUAAGCCUCCUCGGUCUCCGAGCCGCUCCCCCAGCCGCUCCCCCAACCGCCCUCCCUGUGUCCCCUUGAGCCCUGAGGCAACACCCAGACCUGGAACCCAGGCUGCAAGUCCUGGCAUUCAUCUGAGCCCCAGCCUUCAGCCUCGAGAAAUACCAGCGCCUGUCACCAGCUCUCCUUCUACAACUACAGUCACUUCCUCCUCUUCCUCCACUUCCUCCUCCUCCUGGUCAGCCCAACCUACCUGCAAAAAUGACCCCGGCUUCUGGAUCACCGUGGUCACGUGGAAUGUGGGCACUGCCAUGCCCCCAGACGAUGUCACCUCCCUCCUGCACCUGGGCUGCCACAGCGAUGACACCGAGGGGGCAGACAUGAUCGCCAUCGGAUUGCAAGAAGUGAAUUCCAUGAUCAACAAGCGACUCAAGGACGCGCUCUUCACGGACCAGUGGAGCGAGCUCUUUAUGGACGCGCUGGCACCCUUCAACUUCGUCCUGGUGAGCACAGUGCGAAUGCAGGGCGUCAUCCUGCUGCUGUUUGCCAAAUACUACCACCUGCCCUUCCUGCGGGAUGUGCAGACGGACUGCACGCGCACCGGCCUGGGGGGCUACUGGGGCAAUAAAGGUGGAGUGAGUGUGCGACUGGCAGCCUUCGGGCACAUGCUCUGCUUCCUGAACUGCCACCUGCCGGCCCACAUGGACAAAGCGGAGCAACGCAAGGACAAUUUCCAGACCAUCCUCAGCCUUCAGCAGUUCCCAGGACCCGGGGCUCACGGCAUCCUAGAUCAUGAUCUCGUGUUCUGGUUCGGGGACCUGAAUUUCCGCAUUGAGAGCUAUGAUCUGCACUUCGUCAAGCUUGCCAUCGACAACAAUCAACUCCAACAGCUCUGGGAGAAGGACCAGCUCAACAUGGCCAAGACUACCUGGCCCAUACUGAAGGGCUUCCAGGAGGGGCCCCUCAACUUUGCACCCACCUUCAAGUUUGACGUGGGUACUAACAAAUAUGACACCAGUGCCAAGAAACGCAAGCCAGCCUGGACAGACCGUAUCCUGUGGAAAGUCAAGACGCCAAGUGGGGGUCCCAGUCCCUCAGGCCGGGAGAGCCACCGGCUCCUCGUGACCCAGCACAGCUACCGAAGCCACAUGGAAUACACAGUCAGCGACCACAAACCUGUGGUGGCCCAGUUUGUCCUAAGGUUUGCCUUCAGGGAUGAUGUGCCAUUGGUGCGGCUGGAGGUGGCAGACGAGUGGGUGCGACCCGAGCAGGCUGUGGUGAGGUACCGCAUAGAAACUGUGUUCGCCCGGAGCUCCUGGGACUGGAUCGGCUUGUACCGGGUGGGUUUCCGCCACUGCAAGGACUAUGUGGCUUAUGUCUGGGCCAAACACGAAGAUGUGGAUGGGAGCGUCUACCAGGUGACAUUCAGUGAGGAGUCUUUACCCAAAGGCCAUGGAGACUUCAUCCUGGGCUACUACAGCCACACUCUCAGCAUGCUCAUUGGUGUCACCGAGCCCUUCCAGAUCUCGCUACCUACCUCCGAGGUGGCCAGCAGCAGCUCAGCCAGCUCGGGGGCCAGCUCGGAGGAGGAGGACGACAGCACCCUGGAGCUGUUGGCGCCCAAGUCCCGAAGUCCCAGCCCUGGCAAGUCCAAGAGGCACCGGAGCCGCAGCCCGGGUCUGGCCCGCUUCCCCAGCCUUGCACUGCGGCCCUCUUCCCGAGAACGCCGUGGGGCCAGCCGCAGCCCCUCGCCCCAGAGCCGCCGCCUGCCUCGGGUGGCCCCCAGCAGAAGCAACGAAGGCAGCAGCCAGGGCAGCUGUGAAGAGGGGUCCUCCGGGCUCCCGGGGCCCUGGGCCUUCCAGCCGUCUGUGCCUCGAAACCUGCACCUGCUGCCUGCCUUGCGCCUCGAGACGGUGGAUCCUGGUGGUGGAAGCACCUGGGAAGCAGAUCCGAAACUGCCAGCCCCUAGCAGCCAGUCUCCCAGCCCGCAGGGCCCGCAAGGGCUGGAGGAAGGGGGCCUGGGGCCCUGAGGGUGGCUGGGCAGGUGGACCCAGGUGGCCCCCAUCUGCCCCAUCUUCUGCAAUCCCACCUGCCUCCCUUCUGCUGUUGCUCCAGCUUUAUAUGCACCUGCCACUCUGUCCUGGUCAAGAGUGGCCAACAGGGGUUCCCCACCACACACUUGGUCGUGGCAUUCUGCUGUGAAAAUCAGUAGAGCCUUGUCUGGGCCCCCAUCUGGGGUGGGGGCGAGGACAGUCCUGAAGGUCAUCGAUUAGGAAUUAAAUUCUCUCACCUCACUCCAAUUCCAGGAGGGCGGUGGAGGGCCUCAGAGGCAGAAAGAUGUCAGGAGCGACAAUUAGCAGGCCCCAGCUGUAUACAUUCCAUGUGCUAUCUCCUUUAAUUUGCACCACCACCCAGAGUGGUGGUGUUGAGGGCAGUGCAAUCCUUAGACACAUUUCACAGGCAAACAAACUGAGGCCCCUCAAAAAUCAAGACCCAUUGGCACAAUUUGGUUGUGAGUUGGAGGAAGACCACGAUUCCAAAGGGAUGAGUGUUGUGCAUAUACUGGUUCUCAGAGCCCUCCUAGGAAGAAGGUUCUGUUUACUCUCUCUUGGUCAGAGGAGGCCUUGAAGGCUCAGAUUAGCAGAGGGAGGGCCCUUGUUCAAGGGACUGGGGGAAGUUUGGAUUUAGGUUUCAGGCAGAAAAACGUGAGCCCUGGUCAGGGCAGGGCAGGAAGGGCGCAGUGACUGUUAAGAGAAGGGGUGCCAGGGAGGAGGCGAGUUAGUGAGUCCCUCUAGUGUUCUGAUUCCAGAUUCAGACACACAUUCUGGGACAACCUUCACCCCCACCCCCUACCUGCUGGCUCAGGCCUCAGCAGGCAGGCGCCACAGCUCCCUGAGCAAACGUGUCCAUUUUGCAAUAAAGACAUAUGUGUCCCUCCUACUGUA